AUGGUCAGGCUAAGGUCAUCCUCUUACCUACCUGUGGUCCUUUGCUGCCUCCUUGUGGUUGCGAAAAUAUGUUUGCCUGGCCAUGCUUCGAACGACGUCGGCUGCGUGAAGCGCGCAGCUCUUAGAUGCCUGCCAUUUAUGCGGAAGAAACCGGUUAAGGAAGAGAAGGUCGCAGAGGAAGAUGAAAUCAUGCCUGAUGAUUCGGCAUCCGUCACAAAAGGAGCAGUCAAAAAGCAGCAAACCAUACACGUUAAAAGAAAAGACCAUGAAGCUUUAUACAAGAAUAUAAAAGCCAAGGUUGAUACCUUCAACGCUUCUUAUGGACUAGGGAACAGCUUGGAGCCCCUAACGAUGCGUGACCGUCUCCACUGGUUGGCAUGCUUCGCCGAACAGUUAGCCUUGGCAACGCGAUUCAUCAAGCCUCUGGAAAGUCACAUUAAAUUCGAUACACAGAAAACGCCUGACAAACUCCUGAAGCUGCUGAAGGACUGCUCACUCGCCGUGUACAACCUGAGCAGAACCCUCCUUAUAAGAUCACCGAGUGUUAAAGACUGCCCCACGAAAUUAGAGCAGAAUAACUUGGUCCCCUCUUUCAGGCGUUUACAGGAAAUGCGGUACGAGUUGAUGGCAGACGCGGAGGAUAUGAGGGCGAUGGCUGUCGUUUUAAAGCGUGAAUUCAAGGACUUCGACAUCGUCGUUCCGUCGAGCGAGUUUCUCAGAAACUGGCUAAUAACGGCAGGAUACAAGGAAGAACUCUUUAAGGCUGAUAUGAAUGGGAUCUUGGUUGCAAACGCGUUUGAAGAGUUGGCCGGACGUGAAGGCGACGAGGACUCGGGGUACAUAUCCCAGAUCUUCUCAUACAUUGAGCCUAUAGUGGAAAAAGUCACACCGAAGGUAAAGGAGCGCAAUGACAAGCCUCGUAAGGAGGAUAAGGACCGCAAGGAUAAGGAAAGAAAAGUGGACAAAGAUAACAAGGAGCGCAAAGAGGAUAAGGAGCGCAAAGAGGAUAAGGAGCGCAAAGAGGAUAAGGAGCGCAAAGAGGAUAAGGAGCGCAAAGAGGAUAAGGAGCGCAAAGUAGACAAGGACCUUAAGCAGGGCAAGGAGAAUAAAGAGGAUAAAGCACAUAAGGAAGAUAAGGAUCGUAAAGAUGACAAAGAGCGUAAGGAUGACAAAGAGCGUAAGGAAGAUAAGGAUCGUAAAGAUGACAAAGAGCGUAAGGAAGAUAAGGAGAACAAAGAGAAUAAGGAGCAAGCGAAGAAGUAA